AUGAGGGUCGUGUCUCACCUCAGAGGGCUCCUGUCUCCGCUGCAGCUCUCCGUCUUCUGCCGCCUCUCCUUGGUUUUCAUCCUUUCCCCUUUUCUCUUCUUUCUCGACAUUUUCACGACCGCCAUCACCGCCGCUACCUGUCACUAUGGCAACGGCACCGGCGUGGACUCCUGGCCGAACGCUGAGACCAACCAAUCACAGGCCGGGGAAGCUUCAGCCGGCGACGCUGAUUGGUGGACAGACAGCGGUAACAGAAACGUGAGUCAGGAGAACUUUUGAAUCUACUUUUAAUAUUCGACCAACUUUUCAUCGGUUUAUUGAGUAAAAAGUAAAAUAAAUCUCAUGUUUUUAAAGUUAUAAUUCAAACAUUUGUGUUUUUCUACGUUUGGAGGAAAAUUAUAAAAUGAAGACAUGUUGCACAACAGACACAGAUGACCGUUUCAUGUUAAUAUGUGAACAUGAGGCUGUUAAUGCUCACCGCUUCUGUCAAAUGUUAGAGGAAAAUAACUGUUUAGGAGAGAGUCUUUGUUCGCUCACUAACCUUGAGUUAGAUAUCUGCUCACGGGGCACCUCCAGGGAUUCAGGGCCCCUGAAAAGAAACAGAAAUCACACAGGGGCCCACCGCCUCUUCACCAUAACUGCCCCUAAUAUGGUGCCUCAGUGUGACUCUUCAUCAUCAUCUCUUCACAUGAGCUGGGUUAUUAUCAUCUUAAAUGAAUUUAAAAUCACGCCGUUCAGAUUUUAAAUGACUUUUUCGAUCCCAAAGUGUGUAGUUCAAUAAUCAGGAAUAUAGACAGUUUUCAUCAGCACUGUUGAAAUACUCUCAGUGUUUCCUCUGCACUCAGUGGUCAUUGCUCCACAAAUAGCCGUAAUGCUUAUAGCCUCAGUGUUAGUUUACAUUUCUCAGAGAUAUGAUCCAUAUGGAGGUUUGAAAGCUGCACCAUGCCUGACUCAGUCGGAGUUAUUUCAUUUCAAUGUGACAUGUGGAAUAUUUUAAAGAAACAUCAAAUGUCACAAAAACACAGUUCAUGUUAAAAUAUGAGAUAAAAACGUCCAAACUCAGAGAGUGUUUGUUCGUUGGUUGUUGCAGCUGUGUGAAGAGAGGUCAGUGAGGUCUGUUUUUGCCCUCAGGUCUACAGUACAUAUGCAUUCUGCAGGUUAUCAGCUAAUGUACAUUAUGUGUGCGUCUGUGUGUGCGUCUGUGUGUGUCAGUCAGUGUGUGGCUGGGCAGACUGGUUGUCCUUUGGUCAGACUCUCUUCAUGAUCGGUCUGCUGCUGGGAUCUCUGGUGGGAGGAGCCAUAUCUGACAGGUAACACACAAACUCACACAUGUUGUGAUUGAAGCUCCUCCACAGAGCUCUUACUUUACUGUGACGUGUUUCUGCAGGUAUGGGAAGCGUCCCGUACUGCUGGUGUGUGUGUGCGUGCACGCUAUCUGCGGCCUGGUGCCCGCCGUCCUCCCUCAGCCCAUCCUUUUCCUCGUUAUUCGCUGUCUAACGGGCGUCUGCUGCUGCUGCAUCCACAUCUGCUCCUUCAGUCUGGGUAAAAACAUCGACACAAACACACACUUCUUUUUUUCCUUCCUUUGUGCCAAACUGACCGAGCUGAGUCUGAUCGGACCGCAGUAGGAUACAUGUCCGAUAAAGCUUAUGCCUCAGAUGGAGUCCUGCUGAUCAGACUGAGCGCUAAUGAAGGAAGACGGCUUCCUGCAGCUCUGUGACCUCUGACCCCUCCUGAGUUUUGUUUUGAGGAGAACCCAGCGAAGAUUAUCCGAGGAACAGCAGGUUUAUAAGAGCCUGCAAAGUUACAAAUGUUGAAAACUAUGAAAACUAUGUUGCAGCUCAGACUGAAGAAAUCUACUGAAGCUGAACUAGACUGAAUAAGACGCAGGUUUAAAGGUGGAUUAACCCUUUAAAGACACUCUUAUUAUCUCACAGCGGUGGAGUGGACCCCCCCUGCUGCUCGGCUCUGGCCCCCCGCCUUCCUGCCGUUCUGUUUCAGCCUGGGAACGAUGGCCGGGGCCCCCCUGGCCUGGCUCAGCCCCACCUGGAGACAGCUGCACCUGUCUCUGGCUCUGCCUCAGCUCGUCUGUCUGCCUCUCUACCUGUAAGUCCACACUGUCUCUCACCUGUCCGUCCUCCUACCUGUCCGAGUGUUUGACCAUAACCGGCUUCUCUCCGGGUUUCUGAAGAGCGAUCCCAGAGUCUCCUCGCUGGUUGCUGCUGAAGAGGAGGAUGGAAGUCCUGGAGCGUUACCGCGCCAACAGCCCUGAAGAUCAGCAGUGUCUGGACCUGGUAAAACACACACACACACACACACACCACCCUGCUGCAACAUCACACGAGGAGAAAUCUGCAGUCUGUGCAUGUGUGCAUCUAAAUGUGUGUGUCUGUGUGUGUGUUUGUGUUUGUAGCUGUUAGACUCAGCCUUGUCUGACCUCCAGAAAGCCUCCGAAGCUCAGAAGGAGCCGCCGCCUUCAGGCCCCGCCUCCAGUGACAUCUCACACCUGAGGCACCCAACCAUCCUGCUGCGGCUGUUCAUCAUGAGCUACCUGAGGUAACACACACACACACACACACAAAUACACAGAUACACACACUGCUUUGAAUAAAAAAAAAAGUAAAGCAGAGAUGUCUGUCUUCCCAUGAUGCAGUGCAGUCACGGCGCUGACCUACUUCGGCAUCUGUAUGAACGUGGGUUCUUUCGGCGUCAGCGUUUACUCCGCCCAGUUCUUCUCCGGCCUAUCAGAGGCCCCCUGCCUGCUCGUCCCGUUGAUUCACCUGGGCCGUCGGCCAAUCAGCAUGCUGGCUUUGUUCCUGAGUGGGUCGGCCUGCUUCCUGUCGCUGCUGCUGUCAAGAUACAACUGUGAGCGAAGGAAACACAGACGUGAUCAACACUUACACCCACGUCUCCGAGGGUUUUUGAAACGGCGGUGUCCGCCCCCUCUGUUCACUCCUCAUGUCUGUCUUCUGUGCAGGUGAGCCGGUGCUGGUGAUGAGUCUGGCCCUGCUGGGAAAACUCUGCAUCCUGGCUGCGAACUUCAUCUCAGUGCUGUACAGCAUCGAGCUGUUUCCCACAGUGGUCAGGUACUAACAUACAGAGUAGAUUUGUUGUGCGUUUUGUGCUUCAGGGCCACCGUACUGUCACACACACACUCAGAAGGUGUCCAGGUGAGACACAAAUUCACUCUUUGUCAUUCUGGUCCAGACAGCGGUGUGUGUCCCUUGUCAACUUGUGCUUCCGGAUCGGCUGCCUCGUGAACUCCCUCGUCCCCCCCACCGCUAACGGAGCGAUCUCAUUGGCUGCCAUGGUGGCGUACAGCAGCGGACCAAUCGUAGGAUGCGGGUUGUGCUUACUUCUGCCAGAAACUAGCGGCAUUUCACUCCCUGAUUCGGUGGAGGACUGUGACAAGCAACCGAAGCCCCACCUGCCAAACUUUGGGGCCCUCUGGAGGAGAGGGUAAGAAACAGCUUCAUAUCAGAACUCGGUGAACUUCAUGUUGGACUCAGUGAUUAUAGGAGAAGACCACAGGCAUGUCCUGGAUCAGUUUACUGUCUCCUGACCAGACUUUUCUUCAGUUUGGCUGCUAAAAAUGUUCAAAACUCUGUAUGCAGAGCUCCACAUCCAGCCGUUUAACUGAGUCACGCUGCAGCUUCAGAGAAAACCUUCUUCACACACAUUAACAGCUGCAGAGUCAAUCAUUGUGAUGAUUUAUGUGUGUGUGUGUUUCAGGAAGCUGGCGAGCAGCCAAAGCAGCAGGACAGAGACCCUCCCUGCAGAGAGGGACGCCGCUCACACGGGACUGAUAUGAAAAGUCGUUUUGUUUUUAACUUAAAUGAACUUUUUUAUUUUACUUUUGUUCUAAUUUUUAAUAAAGACCAAAGAAACUUACAGCUGCACAUAUGUGAGGGGAAGUGGAAGAGGAAGCGUUACAUGAUUGGCUGCUUGACUUAGUGGAGUGUUUUUGUCACUUCUGUUUUCAUCACUGUGAAAUAAACUUUUUAUUAUCCUCUUUAUCAUCAAUGAAUUAUUUAAACACCUCCUUUAAGGUCGUUUUGGCUUUUCUACGCCUGCUACCUUUAACAUACAUUUUCAGCACGGACGAUACCGUCUUUUAAAAGUUGUUUUUGUUCCUGACAGACUCAGAUUGUUGUUUAAGCGUCUCUGUCAAAGAGGGAGAUGAUUUUUAACCAGAAUCAGCUGUUACAUCACACAGACAGAAACAGGUGAGAGUUCUCAGGAGUUUCUGACCUUUAGAGUUUGUGCAACUAUGCAGCUUUACUGUUUUUACUGUUAGAUUAUGAUCUAAGUAACAGACAAGGAGAAAAAAACACUUGAAAUGCUUGUUUUUUUUAAUCAUUU